ACAACAUCAUGGCGGCCUACAGGUUAAGGGUCGAUGAGUUCAAGAAAAUCUUGGAGGCAGACAUCAUCGACACUUUCAAACUUCGGCAGUUUUGUUUCAAUGGAUGUCCUCAUGAAGAUGGAAUCCGGGCCACAUGUUGGAAGAUUUUACUUCACUAUCUCCCUCCAAACAGAAAGCAAUGGCCAGAGUUACUAGAAAAACAAAGAGAAAUCUACAGGCACUUCAUAGAUGAAAUGAUUGUCCAGCCAGGAGCAACAGCAUCCAAGUCUGAUCAGAGGAUGGACGUUACAUUUGAAGACCAUCCUUUGAACCCUAACCCAGACAGCCAGUGGGUAACUUACUUCAAAGACAAUGAAAUGUUGCUACAGAUAGACAGAGACUGCAGGCGUCUUUGUCCAGACUUUGUUUUUUUCCAACGUGCCACAGAAUAUCCCUGUAAAGAGCUGACGCAGACAUCGGGCGUAGAAACUUUAAGGAAACGAGUAGAGCAAACUGCACUUAAAGCUGAAACCGUGUCCAAAAAUAGAUUGGGAAUUACAUUAUCCAAUAGUGUCUCAAAGGAGGCAUUUUCCUGUGCAGUUGCCAAAAUGCCAAAAACAUUCAAUUUCAAACAGCAUGGUGAUAAAGAAAUUAGAAUUGCUAAAAGGUGGCAACUGGAGACUUUUGAUGCGCUGACAGAAAUUCUUGCUGAUCUUCAAUAG